GUCAUUUCCGUUACAACAUAACACGCCUAUCAAGAUUAUAUACAUGUAGUUAUGCAGUGGUGGAUUUCUAUAAGAGAAUUUCUCACUCACGGAGAUACGUCAUCAGCUUGUGGUGAAGAGUCACUAGUUUGGACCUGUGUAUGGCGCCAAGGACGCAAUGAACACGUAAAAUGUCUUAUAUUAAUUGGUGGCCAACAGUGCAAUAUGCAACAGGUUUAACACGUAUAAAUACAGGCUCUUCAUUGGAGUAUUUGAAAUACACUAACAGCAAGUGCAUACAAAAGAGGAUAUGGAAUACAGUCUCACAUAUAAUCGUAGACACAAUUGAUCCAGCGACAGCAUUUCAAUGCCAGAUUGAUGCACUAUUAAUGUGAUGAUAGAUUCUUAAUAGCAAGAUAACAUUUAAAUGACAUUCCCCCCAAAGGUUCAAUGAGUGAUACAUUUGUUGGACGCACAGAAUGUUUAGAGGAGCUCAAGAAGGCGUGGAACGAGGGGGAGUACAGAAUAUUUGGAAUCUACGGUCCAAAGAGUGUUGGGAAAACUUGCUAUGUGGAAAACUUUCUGAGAAUUUUGAAGACUUCUGAAAAACGUGAUACAUGUAAAACAAAGAUACUAAGUCUCGAUUUUCAACAUAUUAAAAACUUUGCAGUCUACAUUCAAACGAUCGCUAGAUGGUUUGAUAUAACAGACCAUAACACAGAUGCACAUAUCAAUUGCCAAUGUAUUCCAGAGAUUAUACGGCUUCUUAACAGUAGCGAUAAUGUUUACAUAUUUCACCAUGACCACCAGGAGGAAGCUAAAUCCAGACCAAACUCGAAUGGAAAUCUUCCGGAAUCCACUCAACAAUGUCUAUGGGAUAAAAUCUACACAGAAAUCAUUAGGCGACUGGUCACAGAAUGCAAGAACUUCCAUCUCAUCAUUUCGUCUACAGACGAGUUUCUGUUUGCACAUUUGAGGGGGAUUUUCUGGAAGCAGAAGAUUCCCGAGUUGGUGGAAUCGGAUUCGCUGGAGUUAUUAACUACAGUGUGGCCGUCUGCUGUGAGAGAAGAGGAAUCGUGCAAGCAUAUAGUGAGACUGUGUGAUGGUAUCCCACCAGCUAUCAUUAAUGCAGGUCUUUUGUUAAAUGAGCGUGUCAUAUCUGUUGAAGAAGUGAUACAGUUGAUGAUGGAGCAAAUCAUAGAGGUUCUCAGCGAUGAAUUCCUUCCAAAUUCAGAAAAAAUAAAUGCCCAAUUACGAGACCGAUGGGGACAUUUAAGCAAAGAACAUUGUGACAACUUAGUGAAAAUCGUAAUCAUCAUCAAAAAUACCAGUCAAUCUACGAUAUCGGCAACCUCUAAAUUAUGCAAAUAUGAAAGCGUUGCGGAAUUCAAGUUCAAAGUCUUACUACCACUGUUGAGGAGAAAUUUAGUAUGUUACAAUAAAGACAACGAGAGUGUUUCUCUCAGUCCAUUGAUUCAGCACAUCUUAGAUGCUGUCAAUUACAUCAAAGCAGAGGAUCUACGCGAAGAACUGCAAGCACGCAUCAAAGCCAUAUUGGAGCUACAACCACGAAAUGAAACAGACUGUCGCGUUUCUGAGCACAGUGAAUCCAAUUCAUUGCCUACAGACUCUCAAACGUUGCAAGAAAACGAAGAUAUGAGAUCCCGGCAUACUCUUAAGAAUUUUCCAAAGGUUCCAGUUGAAAAUGAGAGUGAUGAUUCAAACGAUUUAAAUGAACAGACGGAUACACACAAAAACAAAACAUGUAGACAAUAUUCCUUUACACAAAAUCUAAAUCGAAAAUCCUUGGAGAAUGAAAAAGAUUAUGUGAAAAAAGGAAUCGGAAACAGCAGGCAGUUAUCAGACGAUGAAAACCUUUCUUUGAACAAUGUACAGUCUGUACAAGACAAUGCAAACCCAAUCAAGAGUCUUGAUUCAUUGCCUAAAGAUCAUGGAUACGACAAUCGGGUCCUUGAUGUCGAUAAAACUAUCUUGUCAAAAGACACAGGAGGUCCCGCUGUAACCAAAUACCAAGCAAGCAGUUCCAUUGACAAAUUUCAGCACACACCCGCCCUGACCCUGUCGGGGGAAUUCGAAAUCCCAUCUAAAGGUAAACCUGAAAAUACAUCAAGUUUUGAUGAAAGUAUUCCAAAGCCGAUUAAGCAUGAUGUUGAGGUUGGUCCAGAUGUAACCAUAGAAGGUGAAAAUUCUGUUGCCAAUUCUGAUAUACACAGAAGACAUUUUAAUGAUUGUGAGAAACUUUUGGAUUCUGUUCCAGAAAACAAAAAAAUUAGCUCCGACAUGUUACCAAUACAAGUCUCGGAGGAAUCGGGUCAGACUGAUACUUUUAAAAAGGACAACUUUACCAGUCUAGAGAGUCAGCCAAAUGCUUUGUCUCUCAAUAUCAACAAUGAUUUACAAUCAAGAAAUGUCCCUCCCAAUCGCUUGCAUGCACUUGAUCAAACGGACCACCUAACGUGUACAAAAAAUGCAGGAUUGGUCAUACGUGAGACACCCUCAUCGGAUGAGAGAUUCCAGAAUUCAAAUCAAAAUAAUCACGAAUUCAAUUAUCUGGAAUGCGAAUCGGGUAAUUGUGAUGUACAAAAUACUCAUCAAGCUCACCAAUGUUCUAUGGAAAAUUUAGAUACUGACUAUCAACCAGCAAGUCACCCACAAACACCGUUGCUCUUAACGACUCCAAGUAGUUACACUGAAUCGACAGAUGUACAAAAUAUACAUUCAAUAAUUGAAUUGCCUGAAGUAAACGGACAAAUUUCACAGCCAAUGGCAGAAUGCCCUCGUGAGAAUAACUCUGAUAAUUUGAACACCUGUGUUAAUCAGACAGGAAACAUGUCUCCUGAAGAGGAGGUACGAGACGGUCCAGGUUCUAGGAGCAGUGGUUGUGAUACAUCGACAAGUGCUUCCAUUCUCUCCACCAUUGUAGCUAUCUACACAAGUUUAGAAUGAAUUAUUGGCGGUUAUAGUAGUUCCUUGAUUCUCACUACGAGCUCUGGGACCUGGACUUCAUUACUACACGGAGUGGUAGCUUACAUAAGACUCCUUCAUGGUCAUGGUGGUAGCUCUUUCGUACACAUAAAUUUUCUUCCUUCACAAAAUCUGAUGUCAAAAUUUAUGAACGGCAGUCCAGAAAAAUAGUUCCUAUCUUGUGGAGGCACAAUGUAUAUUCAAAUUCCCUGCAAUAUCCCCAUAUACAUCGACUUCCGUACAAAUGAGAGUAUCGUUAUCAGAUGAAGAAACUGAGUUUGGAAUAAAAAUGGCUUAAUACCCGUCCACAAUGACCCUUUUCGCUAGAUGUGUUAAAUAUUAAAUGUGUUAUAUUCGUUGGUUUCGUUGCUUCUUACUUUUUGUGUUCUUGUUUACAUUAUAUAAUCUUUGUUUCUAAAAAUAAAUGUUACUUAUGGAA